AUGACGCUACUUGACAGUCACCAGUCUCCUGUUGUCAAUGGGAGUGAGUCUGCGACAUCUACGAAGAAUGAGCUCGCGUUGGACAGCGACGCUUACCCACAACACUCGGUCCUGCCCGGCAUCGACGAGAUUGAAUUGAAAUCCACAGACAGUUCCGAGUCCGUAGGAGGUUCCUAUACCCCACAUAACCACGAGAUGAGAGCGUCGCCCUUGUCACAGCCGUCGAAGCCAACGUGGUCGGAUUUGGCUGCAGCUGUCAACACCUGGAAAAUCAACGAUGACGGAUCUAGAGCAGAAGGUGAGGUGGAGAAGUCUCGAACCCCGUAUUCGGUUCUCAAGCUUCUCGCAAGACAUGGAGGCGGUGUCGAUGGUCAAUGCCGGCCAAAGCGCGGCGCUAUCAGCCAGUCUCCCAGGCAGAAUCUCUUUGACCGGGAGAUCGAAGCUGAAGGGCAAGCCAGGGUGGAAAUGACCGAGUACAUCGAUAGUCUAGUCGACCGGGCAGAGUACGAGGAGGCCUAUGCGUGCGUGUGGCCUCUGGAGGAAUAUCGCCGUCAGGGAUGGGCGACGGAGAUGGUCAAGGCAUACCCUUCGGAGAGCGAGGCGUUUAUAGUAGGCGUGGUCAACGAGCAAUCAAGCGGAGCACAGGCGGAAGAAGAUGAAGCUGCAGCCGGCCGGCAAUAA